AUGUCUGGCCGCAAAGGUGGCAAAAAGAAGCCCCUGAAACAGCCCAAGAAGCAGGCCAAGGAGAUGGAUGAGGAGGACAAGGCUUUAAAGCAGAAACAGAAAGAGGAGCAGAAGAAACUCAAGGAGCUGAAAGCCAAGGCCACGGGGAAGGGGCCCCUGGCCACAGGUAGAAUUAAGAAAUCUGUACUUCCUAAGAAAAUCAUUGAUUCUAAGAAAUCGUUGCCUAUUCUAGAGUCAAAAAGUUUUCCUCUAUUCCUUUUAGAAGCUUUGUCUUUAGCCUGA